AUACAUAUAUAUAUAUUUUAAAGAUUUAUCAGCGCCUUCAGCUGGACAAACGCUUCUAUUUUGGCACGGUGACAUAAACUGCAGAACGCGGCGUUGUUGGCAUUAGUAAAACGGGGCCGUGACAUCGGCUGUUUUUUUUUAACGAGGUAAAAGUACAGCUUUCGCCUGUCACAAUUCCAACUAAAGAGCCGAGCUAGCCAGCUACUAGCUAACUGCUGUUUAAAAUAAAGCCAGCUACGCUUCGGUUGGAGGUUUUUAUUUUUGUUACAUUUGUCUGUAGGAAUUCGUGUGAACCCGUUGACCUCGCUGUGAUGAUAUCCUGACAGCUCGCCUCGUCCACGGUGCUCAGCCUAGCUAGCGAGCUAACGCGGCUAACCAGCAGGUUUUCGCGGCCACUGCGUCUCGUCGAGCUAACAGCCGCCGACGCCGCCGCAGCAGCUUUCGCCGGGGAGUGAGAGUUAAGACGCCGCCCCGGCCUGCCAAACCAGAGGGCCCCUCUGACAGGCAGCACAGACCGGGGCAGUCGGACAGCGCCGCCGAAGAGCUUUGCCCACUCUGACGGAGGAGAGUGCCUAAUCUUCAACAACUUGUGAUCCGGGAAGUGAACCGGGCAGGGACCUCAUGAAUGGAAAUCGGAACUACAGGAGCAGUUGGGCCCCAGGCCCUGUUCUCCAUGCCUCGGCGGCCUGGCUAUGGCACCAUGGGGAAGCCCAUCAAGCUGCUGGCCAACUGCUUCCAGGUGGAGAUCCCCAAGAUGGAUGUCUACCUCUACGAGGUAGACAUAAAGCCUGACAAGUGCCCGCGGCGAGUUAACAGGGAGGUGGUGGACUCCAUGGUGCAACACUUCAAGGUGACAAUUUUUGGGGAUCGUCGGCCAGUCUACGAUGGAAAGAAAAGUUUAUACACCGCCAACCCACUCCCUGUGGCACCCACAGGGGUGGACCUGGAUGUCACUCUCCCAGGUGAAGGAGGGAAGGACCGUCCUUUCAAAGUUUCCAUCAAGUUUGUGUCUCUAGUCAGCUGGCACAUGCUUCACGAAGUACUGACAGGUCGCAGCAUGCCGGAGCCCCUGGAACUGGACAAACCCAUCAGUACCAACCCUGUGCAUGCAGUGGAUGUGGUGCUUCGACACCUGCCCUCCAUGAAGUACACUCCAGUGGGUCGUUCCUUCUUCUCUGCUCCUGAGGGUUAUGAUCAUCCCCUUGGUGGUGGGAGAGAAGUGUGGUUUGGUUUCCAUCAGUCUGUGCGCCCUGCUAUGUGGAAGAUGAUGCUCAACAUUGAUGUAUCUGCCACGGCUUUCUACAAGGCCCAGCCAGUCAUCCAAUUCAUGUGUGAAGUGUUAGACAUCCACAACAUAGAUGAGCAACCGCGUCCACUUACAGACUCCCACCGGGUCAAAUUCACCAAAGAAAUCAAAGGCUUGAAGGUGGAGGUGACACACUGUGGAACCAUGCGGAGGAAGUACAGAGUCUGCAGUGUUACCCGCAGGCCAGCCAGCCAUCAAACGUUUCCUCUACAGUUAGAGAACGGUCAGACUGUGGAGCGUACAGUAGCCCAGUACUUCAGGGAGAAGUACAACCUGCAGCUUAAGUACCCCCAUUUGCCCUGUCUACAGGUGGGCCAGGAACAGAAACACACCUACCUGCCACUAGAGGUGUGCAACAUUGUUGCUGGUCAACGAUGCAUCAAGAAGCUGACAGAUAAUCAGACCUCCACCAUGAUCAAAGCCACAGCUCGCUCUGCACCUGACAGACAGGAGGAGAUCAGCAGGCUGGUACGUAGUGCCAACUACGAGGCAGACCCCUUUGUUCAGGAAUUCCAGUUCAAGGUGCGCGACGAGAUGGCCCACGUGACGGGGCGAGUGCUACCCGCCCCCAUGCUGCAGUACGGUGGCAGGGUGAGCACAGAGCACUUUAUGAACCGCACGGUAGCCACACCCAGCCAUGGGGUGUGGGACAUGAGGGGGAAACAGUUCCACACAGGGGUGGAGAUCAAGAUGUGGGCCAUCGCCUGCUUUGCCACACAGAGGCAGUGUCGAGAAGAAAUCCUCAAGGGUUUCACAGACCAGUUGAGGAAGAUCUCCAAGGAUGCUGGGAUGCCCAUCCAGGGCCAACCUUGUUUCUGUAAAUAUGCCCAGGGAGCGGACAGUGUGGAGCCCAUGUUUAGGCAUCUGAAGAACACUUAUGCUGGACUGCAGCUCAUCAUCGUCAUUCUGCCAGGAAAGACUCCUGUCUAUGCGGAAGUAAAGAGAGUUGGAGACACCCUUUUGGGCAUGGCCACCCAGUGUGUUCAGGUGAAGAACGUGGUGAAGACGUCACCUCAGACCCUCUCCAAUCUCUGCCUCAAGAUCAACGUGAAGCUGGGAGGAAUCAACAACAUCCUGGUGCCUCACCAAAGACCGUCAGUGUUCCAGCAGCCAGUUAUCUUCUUGGGAGCAGAUGUUACACAUCCACCUGCUGGAGAUGGAAAGAAGCCCUCCAUUGCAGCAGUGGUAGGCAGCAUGGAUGCCCACCCAAGCAGGUACUGUGCCACUGUGCGAGUCCAAAGGCCCAGGCAGGAGGUUAUUCAAGACCUGGCGUCCAUGGUGCGGGAGUUACUCAUCCAGUUUUACAAAUCAACUCGCUACAAGCCCACCAGGAUCAUUUUCUACAGGGACGGGGUUUCAGAAGGCCAGUUCAGACAGGUGCUGUAUUAUGAGCUGCUGGCCAUCCGUGAGGCCUGUAUCAGCCUGGAGAAGGAGUACCAGCCAGGCAUCACCUACAUUGUUGUGCAAAAACGCCACCAUACACGCCUCUUCUGUGCUGAUCGCAAUGAGAGAGUUGGACGUAGCGGAAACAUUCCUGCUGGCACAACUGUGGAUACUGACAUUACACAUCCCUACGAGUUUGACUUUUACCUCUGCAGUCAUGCUGGAAUACAGGGCACCAGUCGGCCUUCCCACUAUCAUGUACUGUGGGAUGACAAUUGUUUUACUGCUGAUGAGUUCCAGCUGCUCACCUACCAGUUGUGCCACACAUACGUGCGCUGUACCCGCUCAGUCUCCAUCCCUGCGCCAGCCUACUAUGCCCACCUUGUGGCCUUCCGCGCCCGCUACCAUCUGGUGGACAAAGAACAUGACAGUGCUGAAGGCAGCCAUGUUUCUGGUCAGAGUAACGGUCGGGACCCACAGGCGCUGGCCAAAGCUGUUCAGAUUCACCAUGACACCCUGAGGACCAUGUACUUCGCCUGAGCUCACCAAACCACCCGAACCCCCUUGCCACCAUAAACACAUGCAGACAGAACCCAUGGCUUGCUAGUCAAUGAAUUGUCAUAGGUGCAAGUCCCACUCGCACACGCCUAGUCAAUCCGGACCUGACACUGUGCAGAGGAAAGCAAGGAGGAGGCGCCCCACACUGGACUGAGGAAGGAAACGCUGCUUUAAAAACAAGACAGACUCAGCACUGUUAUGCAAUAUUAAACCAGCCAACUAAAAUAUCAUCAUCUUAACCAACUCCUCUCUUCUAUCGGUUUUCCCUCCACUUCUGGCUCGUUUAGUGUUAAUCGUCUGUCAUUAUUCCCUUUCCUAAUGCCAGUGGUGUAGUUUGACAUGGCCUUUUUUUAAUGGGAUACAAGUCUGCUUUUUGCUGUUGCUUUCUUCUACAAUACCUCCAAUCUAUUUGCGAAGCAGCACUUUUACAUUGUCUGGGAUUUUUUUCUUCUUUUUUAACUGUAGUUUCUUUCUGCUGUUUGAAAGGCGAAUGAAGAGGAGGAAGUGUCAGCUCCUGGAGUUGUUGAGAGGUAUGGAGAAGUAUGUGAUUUAUUUCAGAAUAUGGUUGUUUCUGAAAUAAAUCACUGAUCCUCUUUACUUCCUGCUGUUAUAUACAUUUUUUCCUUCUCCAGUUGUCAUUGUUUCAUCUGUUGUAGCCUUUGAACAUGAAACUUUUCCUUUUGAAUACACUGCCACCUGUAGGCUAUAAGAUAUAAAUACCCCUGAAGUCCCACAAAAGGAGUUCAAACAGUUUCAGAUCAGUCAACUGACAUAUUUAAUCGGGGGUUCAUUUCAUGCUGGCUGACGUAUCAGUUGCAGUCAUUUAUGAUUUUUAUUUAUAGUGUGACACUGUUAUUUCAUCUUUAUUCUUCUACCUGUUGAACAUUUUACAUUUUAAAUUUAUCUUUGUUGUUGGAUAUAUUUUAAAUCUUAGUACUUAUCCUGCAUUUAUUUCCCACAGUGCUUUAUCAGACAUUUCCCUCCCUUGGAUUUAAAAUAAUGAUCAUGUCAACAGUUUCUUUUGUGCAAUAAUCAGUUGAAUGAAGGGAAGAUGAUUGUAACGGGACUUGAACGUUGAUGACUCAAAAGAAAGGUUACACAUUUCAUAUGAAAACAAAAAAUGUUUGCUUUUUUUUUUUUUUUUUUUUAAGAAAUGCCCUUGCUGUCGGACAAAAAUCAGUCGACUGGUUUUAAUUUUAUUUUAUUAUUUUAGAUUAUUUUACCAAAACAAUCGUAGUUUGAGAAUACUUUAUCACGGGGUGUAGUGGCAGAAUCUCACCCUCAGUUCAAAAAUGAGGCUGACUUUCUUAAUUGCAGUCAAUUUUGUGAUAAAGUAUAAAUGCCAUAAAGAGAUAAUAUUCAAGUGCCUGGUGGAAGUUGUGUUUAAUGAUGAAAAGCUGCACAACUUCCAAACGGUCAUCCAAUUUAAGUAGAAUAAAAGAAUCAAAAAGCAACACAAGGACAGCUUAAGAAAGUUACAAGCAAAUCUUUCACUCGAUGCCUCUUAAGACCUUAUAUGGAGUUUUUUUUAUACAUCUCAUCCCAUAAUGAAUGAUAAAUGUAUUUAUUGUUUUUGCUUGUACAGCAGUGUUAGCUAUUUGUUUUGCCUAGCAGCAGCAGCAUUUGAGCAAAGUGGGCCAAGUGGUCAUUUGCUUAAUCGUCAUCAGGCACUUAUCCAGCUGCUACAGUGUGUUUGUAUGUAAUGGCUCAUGUUUAUGGACAUGGUGUUGGCCACAUCUCCGGAGCAACUUCAGUGAACUAAGUCUCUCAGUAGAAAAGUCAUUGCCUGAGACUUGGCAUGCACCAUGUCCAUGUAGCCAGUCCAAAGUUGAGACAGACUUCAGAAGCAAAGAGUGGAGUCAUGUCUAGCUGACAUCACAUACCUUAUGUGUGCCAGUCAUGGCCACAAACUCAUUUGGAGGAUGUUUUACAAAGUUUGAAAAUGAUCUGCACUAAAAGAAGCAUGUGUUUCAAGACUGAACACAGGUGUGGUGCUACUUUGUAUAUGAAGCUGGACCGCUCUGAGAAUAUGUAUGUCGGUGCAAAAGAAAAACCUCGCUUAGUGAGAGACGUGAAAAGGUUUUGCUGUGGAUGUAGAAGUUCACUCAUUAGAACUGGGCAGCAAUGAGAACCUGUAUACGGUACAGUGGCAUAUGUUUUCCUGACAGGGAGGUAUUAUAUUGGGUCCUGUGUCCACUGUUGCAUUUAACUACCUUACUUUGGCUAGCCUUUCACUGUGGAAGCCAAUGGGUUUGAGCCUUCAAGAUUUCAUUUGUGUCUGAAAGUCUUUCUAAAAGCCAGAUAGAAAGUAUAUUUGUACAUUUUAAUUUAUGUAAUGCACACCACUUAUUUUUGCUAACAGAAAAAAUAGUCUAAUUAUUAAUCUUAGUAAUAAGUGUAUCACGAUAAGUAAUGGUUAAAUGGUAUAAUAACAAAGUUUUAUUACUGCAAUAGACUGUUGACUUGUUCCUGUGUCACUGUACAACGUAUAGUUUGUGUGGAAAAAGUGGUGGGAUUGAAACUAGUCUUGUGUCUGGACUGCCAUACUGUUAUUAAUAGUGAUGUGGGCUCUUGCAUUGAUGUUUCAGAAAAAAAAGCUUCAAGAUGUUGAUUGCUUCGCUCGCUUUCCUUUUUGUAAAUGUUAUUGAAUUAUAUUUAUCGUAUUAUGAGAGAUUAUCAUAUACGGAAACUAUUGAGAGGCGUACCUGUUGUGAGGUGAGCUGGAUGAGGUGUUGAGCAGUUUCUGCUCUUGAAUGUUCUCUGGUUUUCUUCAACUGGUGAGACACGUGCUGUUUAUCAAGAGGGAGAGUGAAAGGGAAUGGGCAAGUGGUCUUUGAAGUGUUGUUCCGUUUCAAGGAUACAUUUGGUCAAAGAAUAAUGCAUCUCUGUUAGCUCUUCACCUCAUGAGUUAGAGCCUACAGGGGUUUUAUAUUGGAUUGCUGCAGCCCAUGUUGUUUUCCUCACCUUACUCAAACCACUUGAUGUGCACACAAAUGCAAAGACUCUGCCUUCCAGUAAAUCUGUUGUAUUUCAAAGCCUGUAAUAGUGUGAUUGUUGUCUUUCGAUUUGCGCUUGACCAUUUUGUCUCUGCGCCAACGGGCAACAUUCCAUGGCCGAAGAAUCCCAUCUUUCUCUGAGAGAUGUGAGAAAUAUUAAUGCUAAAGAAUAUAGUGAGGUUUGAUCAGCUAGACAUUGUUGGUGUCGUAUGUAGGAAUCGAGGCUGAUCAUUGGUAGUUUUGUAUGCGUCAGGUAACAUCUGGCCAAGUGUCUUUACCGUUGAGGAUGUUAACGGACAUACUCUCGAGUGGUUGACCAAGUUUACUUGGCAAGACCAUGUGGGGCCUUGUCUAUAAUAGUUUGUAACUGUUCAAGCUCACCACAGUGCCCCUAAAUAAUAAAUGAUUCAUUUUCAUGACCUUCAUCAUUCAUUCAUAGCAGUGGGAUGUGACUACCAGUAUAUAAACCAAGGUUUUGUACCAAGUGUAAGCUUCAUGCUAUCUGUAUAUCUUGAACAAGAUAUCUACAUUUACAUCCAGCUGUAAAUGGGUACCAGCCUGAGCUGGGGAACUAAUCUGUGAUAGACUGCUGUCCCAUUCAGGGGGAGUUAUAGACUCUCAUCCAUUUCAUGCUCUGGAAUCCAUGGGUUCAGCAGCAAUGGCCCUCAACUUAAUUCUUCAAAAACAUGGAAAACUGAUUCUAGGUCACUGUGAUGAACUUGAAAAGUCAUGCAUUGUCGUUUUAAAGACAAAUGAUUUGCCAGGUUUUCUUCGAUAGACACUUGUUUCAUUGUGGGAGGGGUUUACAUCAUCUUUCUAUCCUGAUUUAACUUUAUAGAUUUCUAAGCACUCAUUAAAUUGAAAGUACACUCUGGUGUAUGAAAAAAUGAAAGUAAACCUGUGGCCUUUUGCACUUUGUAAGGAUUUCUAACAGUACAGAUGAAUCUUUUUAUGCAAGUUGAAGAUCUAAAGAUAAACCUCUUCUUCCCACAAAGUCACAACUGCCUGGUGAAGAAAAACAUUUGAAUUAACUUCUGAAAGGUCAAAGCGAAGGAGUAUACCAUUUUGAAUAACCGAUCAACAGCUUAGAAUUUUGCUGCUCUGUUUGCAGUGGAAGGUAGCAGUGAAGUUAGAAAAAAAGUCCACUGAAAGUGCCUUUCCUCUUGAUGAUGCUGUAAAUUGCGAGAUAAAAUGUAAAAACAAAGUGAAUAGAAUCUCAUUUUCACAAAGACAUUCAAAGGAAUGGCUACAUUUUGCUCAUCACUGUACUUGUUUUUGUAAGAUAUAGCAAUGCAAUUUGUGUUUCAUGUAUUUAGGCUACACAUAUGCCAAGUAUAUGGUCGUGGUUGAGCUUUUGCUUACUGCAUCUGGUGUCUUGGACCAAUGUUGUCGUUGGUACAGAGAAAUGCUUUUUGUGUGUGUAUGGAGUUUACAGUUGACACUAUUGCGGUAUGACACAGCCUAGCCCACAAAUGACAAGCAAAGCACAGCACUUUACAGACUGCCACUCUCACCCAGACACAUAGCCUAGAUGUUUCACACUCUGUUCCUCCAGUUCUUUCCUCUGGAGCAGAAGAGAGAACAAAAAAGCUGAAGGGAUGGAGCUUUUUUAAACAGUGACAACAAAAAACACUUUGGUUACUCAAGUAUGCCUCAUUCUCUUAUGACUUAUUGUUGGCUUGUUUCAGUCGGCCUGCUGUUGAGUGGUCAUUUAGCUCUUGAAAUCACCGCUUGGCAUUUGUUAGAGCUGGGACUGGGUGUCAAUACAUUCAUACCCAGCAGAGUUUUGGCAUCUCAAAUGUUUAAAAAGUCAAAGUUUUGUGAUGGCAGAUGGUUGCACUGAGUAGUCUUCUUGAAGGGCAUUGCUAUUAAGGAAACCUACAUAUGUUAAAAAAGGCGUGCACAGUUGACGCUUUAAUUUACCAUUGGGUUGGAAUAAGGUAAAUUUGUAGCGGGUGUAGGAGUCUGUAUUGAAAUGUGUCCUGAUGCCCAGCCCUGCAAGCAGCUCUCGACAUUCAGUCACCUUAUCGCAAUGGCUCACUGUGUCUUAUCCCUGUUCGAGGGAACUGUGUGCCCAGUAGGGAUGGAAACUGAGAACCAGGUACAACUUUUUCUGUCUGUCACAAUCACAUUAUCAAUGCCAGUGUGUUUUUCUUAUAGUUUUGUAUUACAAAACUCAUGUGUCGGACAUCAAACUGUACAUCUAGCAACAAUUGAUUAAAAACAAACUGAUCAAUAACAGAAUUGAUAACGGCAUUGAUUAAAAUCUUAAUUCCCAUCCCUGUUGCCCAGUAGUAUCCCUGUCCUGAGCCAGUGGGGGUGUUGACUCAAAUCUGCGGCCGAUCUGUUGUUCCUUGGGUACCUUUUCAGUCCAGGAAGGGUGAAAUCUUUCUACUACAAGAGAUCUCAAAAACACUGCACCUCACUUACCUUGGUAUGCUGCAUCUGUUAUACUACAUGAAAGAAAACUGCAGAUUGCUUUUAUGACAUUUAAUGCUUGAGUAAUGGCUGAUUGUGAUAUUCUUAUACAGUAACUAUUUUAGAGUCAGAAUAAGUAUAACUAAAAUGUCUUGUCUUAACUCUUAUCUGAUUUUGAAAAUUGUUCUUGAGCCAACUUUAUUUUGUUGUCCUAUUUAAGUUUUUCUUUACACACACACACACACACACACAUAUAUAUAUAUAUAUGUGUGGAAUAUUUUAUGGUGUAUUUAUUGAGCGUGCUUAUGUAAGCAGACAGUGUCUCCGUAUCUUAUUGGAUGCAUGUUGGGGUGGUGCCUGAAGGAAGGGGCUUUAGCUCCUCCUCCUCCUCCAUGACAGCGCCUUAUUGUCAGAGACUUGAAAGCACAAUAUGGUGGAAAUGCAUCUUGAAGGGAUUUGCAUUGAGGAGGGUUGAAAACGUCCAGCGUCAGGCUCUGCUAACAUUUGGUGUUCUCCUUGCUCCUUUAAAAAAAACUAAAAAAUUGGAUUCUUUACUCUCCACUCUUUCUUUAUCAUCCAAUCAGGCCAAAAACCAGCCCCCGACAUAUCGUGGCUUCUCUGUGACCAUUUCUGAACCACACUGACAUAACUGAAUUGCUGACUUUUUCAUCUGAAGCUGCUAAUUGGUGCGCCAGCCACGUAAAUUCCCAGAGCUGGUAAGGAGCAAGCCGAAGAACAUGGGGGGUACAAAAUUCCAAGUUCUAAGGGAUUUAGGAUUUCACAUCAUUGUUGCUUCUUUCCUGUUAAAUGAUCUGUUCCCAUGAUCAUUUUCUCUUGUGCCAGAAUGUUUUGCAACAGCAACAGGUUUCAUUCCACAUGAAAAGUCCCACCCUCAGCCUGAACCAUUUUUGGCUUUUUUUUAAACAAUGCUCAUUUUGGGCAGCCUACUAAGAAAACAGUCCUAUCUACUUCACCUUCACUGUUUUACAAAUUUCAUCUUGUCAUAAACCACUAAUUUUGCUCCAAAACUGGCUGAACUCUGAUGUACGAUUUUGAACACAGCUCUGUCCAGUUGGGGCUGAUGCCAGGACCAGGUCUACCUCAGAUGGUAUUGGGGAAAUCGUUGCUAGAACGUGUCGGAGCCUGAAUUCUGCCUGACAGGCGAGUUUUCUGAUUAGGCUUUUGUCAAAUCUGAAGAACAGCAUUUGCAUACCGUUUGUCGCAGGCCCAACAGGAACCAGGAGGUUCCCCGUGGUUUUGGGUUAUAGAGACCUGCCCCUGAUGGCACUGACUUGCUAGUUCCGCAGGUUGUCCCUCAUUGCCCCAUUGGAAGAUCAGAGACUUGUCAGGCCUGUUUCAAAGCUAACAGACAGUCUAUACAUUAAACCAAAUAAUGGUUUACCAGAUGUUUACAUUCAUGUUUAUUCACCUGGCUGUCAGACAUUUAACUGCUUUCACCCCUUUGCAUUCCAGUCAUAACUGAACCAAAUACUGCAAAAGAGAUUAAAGUACUGAUGGUGUUUUUUGUUGUGUACACAGUAGAUCUAAAGAGAGAUGUGACUGUGGCCAAGGAUUUGAAACGUGUGUCCUUUGAUUGUCAUCAUUUUGACAAUGUAGCAUCACUCUGGUGAGUCAUAUUUCAAACUAGAAAAUCUGAUACCUCUGAGUGAGGCACCAGCAAACUGGACAGCGAACAGUGAACCUUCAAGUCUCUUGCUUAUACCCACAGUUCAUUUCACAUCAGUUUGAAAUGUCUUUCUUUUGUACUCUUAGGUUGUUGGCCUUUUAGUGUUGCUUUGCUUCAGUUUGAAGUGUAUCUUUGACGAAUACUUGCAAUAAAGUGCUUUGCUUUAC